AUGACCGCAACAAAACAUCUAGCCGUCCCGAACAGAAUAGAAAAAAGAGACCUCACCCGUUCCCACUUUCCACCUCCCCAUUCCCGCAGCCCCACCCCCCGACCGGGCCACCGGCGCCGCCCCAGAUCCAGCGACCGGCGCCGCCCGCGCACCCAGCCACCGGCGCCGCCCCUGGAUCCAGCCAUCGGUGUCGCUCCCGGACCCGGCCACCACCGCCGCCCUCGGACCCAGCCACCGCCGCCGCCCCUGGACCCAGCCACCGCCACCGCACUCCGACCAGCCACCUCCGCCGCCCCCAAACCUAUCCACCUCCAUGGGCAACUGUUGCCGCCACUCUGCACCCCCCCCACACGCACCCAGCUCUCGUCGUCCAACGCGCUGCUUCCAACCUGCGCGGCCGGGAAUCAGCCCCCGCCGCCCCUACGCACUACUUCCUCCCGUGCCCGUCCUGAAUUUCGAGUCAGACAAUUGCAAAAAUUCAGAGGAGACAACGCGAGAAGUUCAAAGAAAAUUCAGACUUGUCAAGUGAUGAAGGAGGAAGCAGCAGUGCUGCCGGGUCCAGGACUCCAGUGCCCCGGCCAUUCAUUGACACCAUCCUGGGUCGUUCAACAUGACAGCGCCAAGCCGUUCGAUGCCCAUCUCGGGAGGUGCCCAUUGCAACUUCCCCCCCCCCCCACCUCCCAUUGGAUGUUCAUGCUCCUUCUCUUGUGUACAUUCAGUUCAACAUCUGGUGGUUUUUUAGUUCACCUUAAAUGUGCAUUUUCAGCUUCAUCUUGCAGGGGACUUCUUGUCGAGAGCACAGCAAAUGGAUCUCUGCUUCUGGCCGCGGUGGGAACUCCAGGAUACACACUAUUCAUCGCAUUUGUCAUCGAGUGAUUGCACACUAUCUUCGGAAGCUCAUCACCCUGAGGAAAUCAGCCAACACCUCCCAGAGAGGAGCUUGAAAUUUUCCAAAUGGAGUUCAAACGUGAAUUUGAGAAAAUGAUUCCUCGGCUAAGUUUAAAAAAUGGCAUUCUGUGAAGUUCGGCUAUUCAGCCAUGGACUAUUCAAUGGUGGAGUUGCAAUUUUGUUUCUUCUGUACAUACAUGAACUGAAUGUAAUCAACGGAAAGAAACAUAUGUUGAUUCUCCAAGUUAGAGUUCAUUUUUAUUUUCUUACAAGUAGCAAAACUUCCUGUGUAGAUCAGUACAACUUCUGUGCGAUCUUGUGUUACAAAUCUUGUAGUACUAUUUUUACAGGGAUCUUUCUAGUACUUUGUAAAGCAAGUGUAAUCCAUUUGUAAAAAUAUGGCAAAAGACAUCCUUCACUCUUGCAGUCUUUUGCAAAAAAAAUGUUUUAAGUUCAAUGGAUGCCAUCGAG